AUGUCAGCAUCUAAUGAUUUUAUGUAUUUAACUAGAAUUGGUUUAGCAGAAGAAAAUAUUAUACAUGAAUUUUGGAUAGAAGACACGCAAUACUCAAAUUAUGCAAUUGAUGCUGGCUUUAAAGAAUUAGGAACUUGUCGUCUGAAAGAUAAAGAUACGACACAUUAUGGUAUAACAGUUUGUGGACUGUGCCAUGUAACGAUUGACUAUUUCAAAUUAGCAUAUAAAAUUGAUUUAACACAUUUAGAUGGUAAAUUUAGUCGAACAAAUGGUCAAUGUGAUAAAAGUAUUGUGAAAGACAUAACAAAUAGCUUAAAAAAAUUUCUAAAUAAAACUCUUAAUUCAUGGGAAUAUCCUCAAACAGUAAAAAUCAUAGCAGCAUCAAAUACAAAAACAGAUUUAAAAGAAAUGCUCAAAGAAAAAAGUCAUUUCGAUAGUGAAACAUUUGUUGGAGGAUCGAAAUUAAUUUUAAAACGAUAUCAAAUCACAGUAGAUUCAAUUAUGAAAGAUGAUCAUUAUGAUCAAGCACGUAAAACGUUCGGUGAGUUGUGA